UUUAUGAAAAAUUUCAAUCAUGUACAAUUUGCGGUUUCUUCCUCCAUUUGAUGUUAGUUAAAUUACAAUUCAAGGAAUCAACUCUAGAAAUUUUUGGUACUCACUAUAAAUUUACAGUAAACCCUUUUCUAUAAUUUGUAAAUCGACGAAAGAGGCUAACGAAACUGCAAUCAAAAUGAGUAACCUUCGCGUUAUUGUACAAUUAAACGAUAUUGAUGCACCGGAUCAUUUUGAGCUGAACAGAAAAAAUCGAUUGGAUCGCGAAACUGAGAACAAGAAGUACAUUAACACUAAUUUGCAGUUAAUCGAUGAUCACACUUUACUCGUCACAUCAAACGCGCCAUCAGUAAAUGCGGAUUCUCAAUCAAAAAUCUUACGGCAUUUACAUUUCAGCUUUCUCGGAUUCGCUUCAGAAGUGCGUACAGUUGAACAGAUUCACGAAUUGUUGGAUCAACUUCUGUUAAAGCGCAAAAAUUCCUGUCUUAUACGAUUCAAUGCAUUACGCGAAUGUCAAAUACGUUUCCUCAGCAAUUUUCUGUGUAAGGAAGUACAGAAACGUUUAAAAAAAACGAAAACUACUGUGGACCAUAUCAAGUUGGAAUACUAUAAUCUACAUAAAUAUAACUUAGUGAAUGUAAUGUCAACUAUGAGUAGUGGAAGAAAAGAAUCUAUUAGUCCCGCAGGCUUACUAUUUCACAAUUUUUCGCAACUGCAGAAAUGGUUACGAACAGAUUACACCAAUCUCUUUUCGUUCGGCACUGGGCAUGAAUGUUUUGAUUUUCAAUUUAGUUUGACCGAUACCCACGAGAGAAAGUUUCGUUUAAAUUUCUCACUUAUACAUUAUUAUCUUUGCAUAAUAGAUGGAGACACAAAAGCGGACAUGAAGAAUGUGCUGGAGAAUUCAACAUCCAGAGCUGCUGUGAAUAAUACCAUGAUUGUGAAAUGUCUUCGUGAGUAUUUGGUACUAGCAAAGAAGUCAUGGCAAGUGGAUUUACUCUUCGAUAUACCAAUCAUUGAUAGUGAUAGUGGUAAUAUUAUCACUGAAGAUAUAUUACAAGUAGCGUGUGCCGCAGAAACAGGUCUUAAAGUUUCAGUAUCUGAUUCGAAGUACAAAUUGGAAAGCUCAAGGUCGGGUAUUAUGACUGAUCCAUCAACUUCAAGAGUUACGGCUAAAAGGAGUCAAUAUAUAAGCACUUCCCAAAUUGGUUUGCGUAAAAGUCCGAGCAUUCCUUUGGCUAGACAAAAAGCUUGCGUCCUCUCAACUGCUGAUUUAAACAAUAUAAGUUUUUGGCAUUGCAAAAUUGAUGAAAAAUUCUCAAAUGUACUGUAUGCGAGGGAAAGUUAUUACAACUAUAAAUUCGAAACUAAAGUUGGAAAAAUGUGCACUGACAUCAAGCAAAUGGUACACAAAAGUAGUUUCGUUGUGAACUCAUCAUCGAAAGAACGCAUUUUCGCAGAUGAAUUGGAUAAGUUAAAGAAAAAAUAUCAGCUUGCCUUAUCCUCUUUUGAGACCCUUCUGUUAGAUGUGGAGAAAUCAGAAUAUUCCAAAGAAUUGAGUAUUUAUUACCAGAUGAAAAAGUAUGAGUUGAUACAACAUUCACUGCGGUUUAAAGUAAGACAGUUAGAGCAGUGCCAAAAUCGUCUCUCAUCCACAAUUGACGAUGAGAUGAGUUUGCUGCAAAAUAUGAAAAAAGUUAGCUCUGACGUAUCGAAUGCAAACUCAAAACAUGUAUAAAGUGUGUGAAAAUUUAUAAAAUAAUAUUAAAUUUAUUUAUGACUCGAUUUUGUAUGGUUCAAAACAAACUUAAUAUAUAUAAUAAAUUUAAAAUAAUACAAGGUUUCAACAAAAACCUUUUGGGUGUUAUUAAUGUUAUCAACGAGUUUCUGAGAUAUUCAUUGACUUUGAUAUUUGAAACUAUGGAAAUGUAAAAUUAUGGGGUUCUAUCAGACUUAAUAAAAACAAAUUGUACAUGAA